AUGCCUCUCGCCGGUGCCGACUUCCCCCGCCCAGCCGAGAUCAAGACCUACCAUAUCAAUACGUACGACCGGAUCUCCCCAAAGUCAUCGGGCUUCGAUGGCAAGGGCAAGACAGUCUUGAUCACUGGUGGUUCUGAUGGAAUCGGCUUCUCCAUCGGCCGCGCCUUUGCCGCCGCCGGCGUUGCGAAGAUUGUGAUCGUGUCACGAUCCAAGGAGCCCCAGGAGAAAGCCAAAGCAGAGCUCACCAGCAAAUUUCCGGACCUGGACGUUCAGACAUUUCAAGCCUCCGUCAUCGACGACCUGGACAACAUCACGUCCGCCAUGCAAGCCGCCGGCCCCAUCGACGUCCUGGUCCUGAACGCCGCCUACAGCCAUACGAUGAACGUCCCGAGCUCGACCAUCCCCACUUCGGAGAUCGAGAAGACGUUUCAAGCCAAUGUGUUCACGAACUGGCACAUGAUCCAGACAUACAUCCACUCGACUCCAGCUCCAGCGUCCGGGUCGAAGACCGUCAUCGCCGUUUCCAGCGCAGCAGCCCACCUGGAUGUUGGUGGCCAGGUUGGCUACGGGGCCUCCAAGGCUGCCCUCUCACGCAUGAUCGGUUUGCUCGCCGAUGAGUAUACCGAGGAGAAGGACAAUGUGCGGAUCAUGAACUAUCACCCCGGAAUCGUGGCAACAGCAGCAGCUACGAAGGACUACGACGGCACAAGCGAGCCAUUCUUUGUAUAUGAGCACGUCGACUUGCCGGGUGACUUUGCGGUGUGGAUGGCGGGCAAAGAGGCCGGCUUCCUGCAUGGGAGGUAUCUCUGGGCGCAGUGGGACGUUGAAGAUCUGCUCGCGUCGAAGCAGAAGGUGAAGGAGGAUCCGAGAUAUUUGAAGAUCGGGUUGACAUACCCGUACUAG